GUGUCACUGCCUCUCCCUGCUCGCGGAGCCCUUGGGAAGCACGUGGAGAAUCACAGCGCUGGAUAAAAUCCUCUGCUGCGUUUUGUCUCACAUCCAGGGAGGGUGAAUCCUGUGUUUUUGUGGCUUGGGCAGGAGCAGGGCUUGUCCUCGGUCCCUUUGUCCCUGGAGCCUGUGUUUUUCUAGGAUGGUUUUGAUCCGGCUCCAGCGCAGUUCCCACGUGGAGGGGUAGGUUUGGGAAUUGGCCAGGGACAGCUCAACUUCCAGCUCAAACAAAGUGCCUUUUACACUGUCUUAUCCCAGCACCUUAAAGGCGCUGAACUGAAGAGAAGCUGGGAAUUACAUCUGUGCUGGUGGCAGUUCUCAGCACUCAAAUAAACUGAAAAUAAUGAAUGAGCAGUAGGUCUGUACUUGUUUCUUUUGGGAAUUUGUGGGGGCUCUUCUGGAAGAGCCCAUCUUCCAGCGAGGUGCUGGAUCACUUGGCUUCAAUUCUAAACAUCCACGUGUAGCUUCAGUUCUGUGUUGGGUGCUGGGCAUGGAGAUGGUGUCAGCAGCGACUUCUCCUUGAGGUGGGGGAGAAAAUGUUCCCUUAAUUCCCCAUUUUGGUUCUGCAGGUUGGGCUCUGGUGUUGACUGUGGCGUGGCUGUGCUUUGCAGAGCUGCAGAGAGGUUUUUGUAAAUACACACCCUGUGUGAACCUCGGCCUUCCUUUGACACACGUGGUGCUCAGGUGUUUGUUUUACCUGGGAUACACCUUCAUAUUUCCAACGUUUCUGCAGCUGGAUGUGUCUGUGUCACACAGGGAGCUGCUGUGGUUGGGUUCCUCCAGUUUUGGUGACUUGGGCACAGUUUAAAGCUGAAGUCUGGAAGGCUUUAGGAUAAAUUAAGGGAUUUCUGUGGUGUGGAUGGAGAAAGAGAACACAGCAAACCCACACAGGGAGUCUUUUAAUCCUGAUAAAAGUGAUGGGGACAAGGCUGGGGCAGGGGAAUGGGGCAGCUGGCCAGGAAUCCAUGGAGUGUUGUGUUUACAGUCUUCAGCUCCCUGUAGUCUAAAUAGCUGGAAAGUUCCCAGUGUCUGAAGAAGGCUGGAGAGACACUUCUUAUCUUCUGAGUGCCUGUGGCUCCCUCUCCUCCGUGGUACCUGUGUUCCCAGGGGGAGCCUGCAGUACCUGCUGUGUUUUUUUCCCAUGGCAGUGUCAUGCUCUGUGGUAAUUCCAUUUAAUUUUGGCUACCUCAGCUGUGCCAGCACGAUCCAUCCCUCUGGCAAGCAGAGUUUCUCCCCAGGACUGAAAACCAGAGGUUUCUAUUUCUUGGCUGAAUCCCCAUGAAUUCUUUUAAAGACCUGUAAUAACUUUUUUUUGGAACUAGACUGUAUUUAUAAUGGGGUUUUUGUUCCUUUAUGGCUCUCUCCACUAAGUAAUAGACCUGAAGGUUGAAGGUCAUUAUAUCAGAAAACCUUACAAGGUGAUUAUAAUUCCAAAAGGUGUUUUUUUCCUAAGUUUAAAAUUGCUUUUGAAAUGUCAUUUAGAGGCACUUAAAAUUGAUUUGAUGGCUCCAUUCCUGCUGUUAAUAGCAUGGGAAUGUGCAGGGUGAGUGAGAUGGGAGCAGUGCUGAGGCAGGUGGAAGCAAACAGGGGAGCUCUAGGUGGGAGUUUACAAACAACCUUGAUAUUCGAGGCUCAGCUGGUGAUUCACAAUGCAAAGAUAAUUAUAAGCUUAAAUUAUAUCCAAUUUAGAAAGCAAGGAAGGAUUUACCUUCGGCUGUAGCUCUGCUUCUGCCCGGGGCUGAGGGCAGACCUGGCACCAGCAGGAGCUCAAACUUCCCUCUGAAACACUCCAGUUGUCUGUUGUUAGUCCCUGCCUCAUUUAAAGCAUCUUUGCACCAUUGAAUAAAAUCUGGCUGGCUUUGUGGAAGCAGCCUGUCCUUCCAGAAAAAUGUAAAAGGAGAGAUGGGACCCUCCUGGGAAGGAAAAAGGGCUUUCCCCCCUUUGUCCUGACUGUGCUUGGCUGCCUUCACUCAGCGGGGAUUUGAUGGUGAAUCUGACAGUUCUGUGUCCAGCAGGUCCUCCUCUCUUCCCGAGAGUCUGCUGUGGUCUUUGGAGAUGUAACCCCCCAAAACAGCUCACCAUGAGGCCUGACAGGCUGCAGGGAUUCAGGGGGGAUGAGGCUGCAGAGAUUCACUGUCAGAACAGCACUGAGCUCCUGGGCUCAGUAUGGCUUGGAAAAAUACAGGGUGCAAUGUUCACAAGAGGGUGUGAUGGAGGAGCCCUGCCUGGCAUGCACAGAGGGGGCAAAACCAGGAGAUUCUCACUUGCUAAGAGCCUUUGACACUUUUAUCCAAAAUCUGAGCCCUACAGUAAGGCCCAGUAAGACAAAAAGGUGAUUAUUUGAUGUGAUGAGCAGCACACAUUCAGUAAUGUUUCAGGAGGUAGGUAGUGAAAACCAGCUCUCUGAGGUGUUCUGCUGUUGGUACAAUGAUUUAUUUUUGAGCAGGGUGGUGUGGUGGAAAGUGUCCCUGCCCAUGGCAGGGGGGUGGAAUGACACGAGCCCUGAGGUCCUGUCCAGCCCAAACCAAUCCAGAAUGCCAUUGUAUAAAGUUUUCCGAAGGGGUCAGAGGGUAAAGGCUGCACACACAGCGUAUCUGAGCGUCUGACAGUGUCACUUUGCCCUGUUCUCAUCAUCCAGAGCUGAAAGGUGGUGCUUUCCUAGAAUGCUGGCUGAUUUCUCACAUGAUCCAUGCCAGCACUUGCAGGUCCUGCCUGGAGAGACCUGCCCAUAGUCACCUGCUGGGCUGCCAGGGGGCAAUCAUGGCAUGUCACCUCUAGAACAAACCCUCGGAUCUCCCUGAGAUAGCAAAAACUCAGUGAUUUUGAGUCAGCAGCUCUUCCUCAGCAUUUCCUCUGGCCAAAAGCCCUUGUCUAGCAGAAUUUUUGAUGGACUCUUCAUUACAACUGGCAAGGAAAAAGCAGAGGAGGGUGAACAGUUCUGUUCAUUUUCAUUCCCUUUUCAUAGACUUAUUUGGGAGAAGCAGAGUGGGAGAGUACUGCGUGCUGGCAGAGCUUUUGUAUUUUAUGUGACGGGCUGUUGAAAGAGUUCUCAAAGUGCACUUCCUUUCCGUGGGCUUUAAGGUCAUUUCCCAGUGCCUGCGGACUCGCAGCGGGCUGGGAAACCCUUCUCUCAUCACCAGGGAAUGAAAUGCUCUCCGUGGCUUUUUGGAGCCAACAAAAAUCUCUUUGUCUUCUCUUCCCUCCCACUGUUUCCCAAGCAGCAAGUUUGCUGACAGGCCCUGUCGGGAAGGGGGGAGUGCUGCUCCAGGAUCCAGCUCUCGCGGAAAAUGAGCGGCUGAGAAACUGGAUGGCUUCUACGGUGAGCCUGGGCAAGGAAACAUUGUUGGAAGAUGGAAUGCCACCUGCAAAAAAGCCCAGGAAGCUGUUGCCAAGUCUCAAAACCAAGAAGCCUCGGGAGCUUGUUUUGGUGAUUGGGACAGGAAUUAGUGCUGCAGUUGCUCCCCAGGUCCCAGCGCUGAAAUCCUGGAAGGGGCUGAUUCAGGCUCUUCUGGAUGCUGCUAUUGACUUUGAUCUCCUGGAAGAUGAAGAGAGCAAACGGUUCCAGAAGUGUCUACAUGAAGACAAGAACCUGGUCCAUGUUGCCCACGACCUUAUUCAGAAGCUGUCUCCGCGCACAAGCAACGUUCGCUCAACCUUUUUCAAGGACUGUUUAUACGAGGUGUUUGAUGACCUGGAAUCCAAAAUGGAAGAUUCUGGGAAGCAGCUGCUUCAGUCUGUGCUUCACUUGAUGGAAAACGGGGCCCUUGUGUUGACCACAAACUUUGAUAACCUGCUGGAGCUCUAUGCAGCACACCAAGGGAAGCACCUUGAGUCUCUUGACCUGACUGAUGAAAAGAAGGUGCUGGAGUGGGCACAAGAGAAGAGGAAGCUCAGUGUCCUGCACAUCCACGGCGUCUACACCAACCCCAGCGGCAUCGUCCUGCACCCGGCCGGCUACCAGAACGUGCUGCGCAACACCGAGGUCAUGCGAGAGAUUCAGAAGCUGUAUGAGAAUAAGUCCUUCCUCUUCUUGGGCUGUGGUUGGACAGUUGAUGACACCACGUUUCAGGCCCUGUUUUUAGAGGCUGUCAAGCACAAGUCAGACCUGGAGCACUUCAUGCUGGUGCGGAGGGGAGAUGUGGAUGAGUUCAAGAAGCUCCGUGAGAACAUGCUGGACAAAGGGAUCAAAGUGAUUUCCUACGGAGACGAAUACGCUGACUUGCCCGAGUACUUCGAGCGGCUGACAAGCGAGAUUGCCAUGCGGGGCCGUGCAGGUGUGCCCAAGGAGGGGCAGCAGCUGAACGGCUCUGCCACUGCCCACGCUGAGGUAAAAGCCUUUGCUUCCAUGCAGGAUGCAGCCCCUGAGCCUCAGCCCUGCCCAGGCCCUGAGCUGUGCCAGGGGCUCCUGGGCCAGGCCAGCAGCCCUCAGGAGCCCACCACUGUCCCACUGUGUCCAGCACCGAGCCAGGACCCUCCCGGCAGGGACGAGGCCGGGACAGAGCCACCAAGGAUGAACACCUGGUCUAACACAGUAAUCGUGGUUUGAUGGGGCUGCACGUGCCUGCAGAGCACGGUAUCCCUGCGGGAGCUGCAGCCUCCUCUAACUUCAUACCUAGUGCUUUUAUAUUCUGUAUUUCAAUUAAAAAAUGAAACUUGAGCUUUUUUUUUUUUUUUUUUACUGGAAGCUCUAGUUUUCUAGUCCUGUCUUUUUACUGUACAGUAUUUUGUAUGUUGAAGUUGUAUUAAAGGCCUGCUCACUGAACUUUGGCUGCUGUAUCAUUUAAAGGCCCUUUCACACCUCACACUGCUGGGAGUUCAUCUCCCCCCAACCCAGUAGGAAACACGUCCUGGCUGGAGGCAAGUUAUUUAUACACAGAGAACAAAUUAUGAAGUUUAUUUUAUAUAAAUUAUGUCUCUUAGCAGACAGCAUUCAAUUUAUUGCACUAUAGCACAUCUGCAAUACAGAGCUACAAGACAUCGUCAGAGGUUUGUAUUACUCAGUGUAGCACUUCCAACCGGGAUCAAGAGGCACUCGGAGCGGGGAGAAAGGGCAGGAAAGCAGCAAGCAGCCACCAUUCUCUUCCAGUAUUAAUGUGGUUUGGUUUUUUUUUUUCUUUUUACUAGCAAAUAACGCCAAGACCAGCGGGCAGGGGCCAGGCAGGGCACGCUGCCUUCCUCCUCUGGACCUGGCUGCUGCAGCUCUCCAGCUCCUAGCCAAAUACAUGGUGUCUGGGGACCCUGCUUCAGAGUCCGGGUGAGGACAGAUAUGGGGGACUUUAAGGCAAUUUAGCAUGUCCCCUCCAGCUCACACAGGCCAUCACCUUUUUUUGGUUUAUCAGCUUCGGUGGAGCUGCUACGAGCAGCAGCAUUAACAGCCAGAUCUAACACUGCCCCUAAUUCCAAGUCCCUCCUGCCUCCUCCCUAAGCUGGUCUAAAAAUCAAAAGCAGCUCAAUAGAAAG